AUGUACAUACAUAGAUACAUGAUACACUGUGUGAGUGUGUGUUUCCGAACGAUAGAUUCAUCGCAUAUAUAUGAUUAAUAUGAGUGUUAUUUAAACUUAAAAUGAAUUAUAUUAAUUUAUUACAUUUGAUACUGUUUAUUAUGACAACAUGGACAAGGGAUGCAUCAACUGAUUCAUUGAUUGCAUACUCCGAGAAGACAACAUGGCUAGAAUCUUUUGAAUCUUGCAAAGACGGAUUUGGCGGUUCUGCAAUUUUCGAACACUGUCAACCGAGUACCUGCAAUGCCUCUAAUGCUAUAGGUAAAAUAGCAAAUAUAUCAUCAAACAAGAUUGAGUACUGGAUAAAUGGUUUUGUGCAGAGGUCACCUGUUGUAGUUUACGAAGGUUGUUAUUAUAUACAAACAGCUACCGUAAACAAAAUAAAUCGUGGACAAUUUAGGUUGUCUGAAAACUCAGUAUUUUCAUGUUCUCAUAGCUGUUCUUCUCUUACUCAAGGAAGCUUCAUAUUUAUGAACAAUGUAGAUUGUCUGUGUGUGCCAAAAAAGAAUUAUACUACGAUCAACAGAAACUCACGAAUAUCAGUCAAAAAUUGCAAAAAUGUAUGUCCUGGAAAUAAAGAAGACUUCUGUGGAGGGAACCGAACAAGCAAUUAUACUUUGUUCAGUGGAUAUAUGAUCCAAGCGGCUGACGUGUCAAGUGACCAGUUCAAAAAUGACAUUGGAAAGACUUGUGGUACAACUAGGAAUGGAAAACUCAUUUAUGAUUUCUGCUAUAAAAGGAACAAGGCUGUGUGCACAGACAUCAACACGAUCAAUGAAACAGGUGAGUCAGUUUAA